AUGGCGGUUUUCAGUAAAAUAAGUAAAGCAGACCAAGAGGUGAUCAUGAACUCGUUUUAUUGGGACUCGGUCCUAAAUACGGCACACUAUCAAUUCCCAGAUGUACCAAAACUUCCAACUGGAAAAGCAGCUCAUGCUGAGCUGGAGCAUAUAGACAAAAACCUAUACAAACCAAAUGCAAAAAUGGUGUCCUUCAGGGUACAAGACAAAAACCGUUUGAUGAACUGGUUAAAAUGUUUAGCUUACAGAUAUCACUAUCAGUUUGGUAAAAGAAAGGAAUUCAAAUGUGAAUGGAUUGAUAGAUUGAAGGAUGGAAGUGAGGAAUUAAUCGAUGAAGUUCUAGUUAGAUUGUUGUCUGUCGAUAUAGAAGGCGAGGAGAUGGAAAAAAUCAUUACUAUCAAUGUAUAUUUUUCUACCCACUUGAUCACUGUUCAGGGAAACAACUACCUUCAUUGGGUAGAUGACGAAUUUCCACACUUAAAAUCUGUUGUGGAAAAUAUGUCCACACAAGACAACUCUGAGACAAAAGUGAAAAACCUACUUGACGUGUCAGCUGAAUAUGAUGAAUUCCAGUCAUUUCUUAGUAGUAAUAAGAAAACGUUUUCAACGCCAAGAAUCAUCUCUCCAAACACAGUCGCCUCACCAAAUAAUAUGCAAACCAUAGAAUCAGGUAUUUGUUCAAGGUUUAGCACCUUGGACAGAAAGAUUGAUGUAUUCAAUAACAAUCUUUUGGAGAAAAUAAACAAUUUGGAAGAAAUCAUUUCCAGAAAUAGCCAAGAGAACGAAAUUAAUCAUAGUGUUCUUCAAUCGAGAAAUAAAGAACUGGAAAAUAAAAUAAACUACUUACUGGCAGAAAUGGGAAAAAAGGAAGAGAAAAUCAAGGAACUCAAAAAAGAAAUAAGCAGGUUGAAAGAAGACAAAAAAGAAAACAAAAAUGAGAAAGAGCAGCAGAAGGAAAACAAAAAUGAAGAGAAAGACAAUGAAAUGAAUGUGAUGUUAGAAGAGAAUAACAGUGUUAAGUGUCUAAUUCCAACUGCAAACAGAUAUGAAGCCCUCUCAACUGAUGUUGAAGAACCAGGUGCAAUGCACCAAACAAGGUCAGACAUAUCAUGUGAAAUGCCAAAAAAGAAACAAGAUCUGCCUAUUGAAGUCAUCAUGGACUCACAUGGAAAAUGGUUAGAUCCAAAAUGGAUGUACAAGAACAAAGAUUUAAGAAUAACAGUACUGGGUGCAGGAAAAAAGAACAUCAAGGGAGCAAUGGAACAUAUUCAGAGUAUAACAUUUCCAAAACACUUAAUCAUAGGAGUUGGGUGUAACGACCUGUCCAACGAAAACCCAGAAGAUGUCUCACUCAGAUUUAAAGAAAUGAUAACUAAAAAUCCAACAAAUUGUGUCCUUCACAUUCUACCCAUAUUUGAAAGAUAUGGAGACAGUACAUACAACCAAAAAGUUACAGAGACCAACAGAGAACUACAGAAAUUAUGUGAGGAAAAUGGUGUAAACUUCAUCAAAAUAAACAAAAUAUCAUCAGAAAAUCCUCAAAAUUACACAAGGGAUGGAGUGCACUUUAGUAACAUAGGAAGGAAAAAUCUUGUCAUUAUGAUAAAGCAACAUCUGAAUCCACAUCUAGGAAUGAAACCAUAUGACCAAUAUCAAAAACAUGAAUCACAAAAUCAUCUGCAUCACAAAAGGGAACAUUACCAAAAUGAUCAAAGACAAUAUUACCAAAGGAAACAGCAUCGCCGCAUUGAUCAAUGGCAAACAAGCGGAGAAUGGAGACAAUAUAAUUUCAAGAACCACCUAAACACAAGUGAACGAAAGCACCAGAAUAAACAUCUUGAACGAAAUCAACCACAAAAAACACAGGGGAACCAAAAUGUUCAAGAGCCAAUAACGAAGGAGUCUCAAAUGAGAGAACUUCUAGAACAGAUGUUGAAAUUUUUGUAG